GUGUGGGUUAGACCUAGUGCUGCAGGAUGUGUUUAAUGUCUCUUGUAACACUUAGAGCAUAUUUACUAAUAAUCAUACCACAGGUUCUGGCAAUACAAAGUUGUGAAGACACAAUGUUCAACACAGUCCUGUUGUGUGUGGCAAUGAUACAGACAAUACAAGCAUCUCUCACUUCCGAAACCAGUAACGGAAGACUCCAAGUACUGAGCUCUGGUAUGAACAAUGAACGAUAUAACUAUCCAAACCUGCUGCACAAAGUGAAAGAGACUGCAAUGGAAGGGCCAGGGAACUUAGCUAGAAAUGAAUAUCUAAAACUGGACUCAGAAGCUGAUGAAGAAGACUUGAUGGAGGAUUACAGCCUAUUGGACCCAAGGGCUUUGUCACUGGAAGUAUCUUCAAGAGAAGAGCGCUCACCCAGAAGAUGUGUUCAGCUACUGGAGUCUUGUGUUGGGCACCUGCCAUGUUGUAGUCCCUGUGCUACCUGUUACUGCCGAUUCUUUAAUGCAUUCUGUUACUGCAGAAAAACCAGCACCAAUUGCCAUCAUGGAAAGAAUUAGUUAUUCUCAGCUCCUCCAAUCAGAUCUCUUGGGUUUUGAAUAUUUCUAGCAAAAUACAGGGCCCUUAGAUGUCAUUGUAUUUUUACUGAUGUGUACAUUAACCUUAAUUUUCUGUUGUCGUUUUGGUUUUUGCUAUCUUAAUGCUUUAUUUAUUUUGUUUCCUACAUUUAUAUAUGAAGAGUAUAGUGGUAGAAAAUGUAUGUUAAACAGAUCAAGGUAUUAGUUAAUAUUAUUCACCUAUAUAAUUCACCAAUCUAAUUAUAUAUACACUGACAAAUAUGUAACUUUGCACUAAAGGGUUAAAAAAACAAGAUGAUUGUAGUUGAUACUUUUGAUAACUGUAGUUGAGAAUGUAGUUUUGCAUUCUGUUUUAAUAAAAUCACAUAUUUUAAAACUAA